GCGGUGGUGGCGGCUGUGGCACGCGCUGGGGGCGGGCGUGGAGUUUCGCGUGGAGGCUCGGGUGGCUGGCCUGGGGAGAGUGCUGCUGCCGGAAGGUAAAGGGGCUGUUCAGGCGGAGCUGUGGUGGCUCCGGUGCGGGGACCUGGGGAGCUGGAGUCGGAGAUCCGGAUAACCCAGCAGCGGUCCCCAAAGCCUGCAGUUCAAGGCCACCUUCCUGCCUCUCCUGUGUGCCCCCUGACCUGCACCUUAGCUGGAGCUCACCAUGGGGAACCACUUGACUGAGAUGGCUCCCACUGCCUCCUCUUUCUUGCCCCACUUUCAGGCCCUGCAUGUCGUGGUCGUUGGGCUGGACUCUGCUGGAAAGACCUCGCUCCUUUACCGCCUCAAGUUCAAGGAGUUUGUCCAGAGCGUACCCACCAAAGGCUUCAACACAGAGAAGAUCCGGGUGCCCCUGGGAGGGUCCCGUGGCAUCACCUUCCAAGUGUGGGAUGUCGGGGGGCAAGAGAAGCUGCGACCACUGUGGCGCUCCUACACGCGUCGGACAGACGGGCUGGUGUUUGUGGUGGAUGCUGCCGAGGCUGAGCGCCUGGAGGAGGCCAAGGUGGAGCUACACCGAAUCAGUCGGGCUUCGGACAACCAGGGCGUGCCUGUGCUGGUGCUGGCCAACAAGCAGGAUCAGCCUGGGGCACUGAGCGCGGCAGAGGUUGAGAAGAGGCUCUCGGUCCGAGAGCUUGCAGCGGCCACACUCACCCACGUGCAGGGCUGUAGUGCUGUGGAUGGGCUGGGCCUGCAGCCGGGCCUGGAGCGCCUGUAUGAGAUGAUCCUCAAGAGGAAGAAGGCAGCCCGGGUAGGCAAGAAGAGACGGUGACCCGAGGCGGUCCCCUCCUCACCAGUAGGGGUCUAUACACCUGGACAGCCAGGCAGAGCCUGUGGCCCCUCCCUCAGCUCUGGGGUGCAGGACCUGUCCGCCUCAAUGAAGGACCAAGGAGCACACUGGGGGUCCUGUUCUGGUGCAGCAUUGGGGAGGCGAGGGGAGAUGGGAUGUCUUCUCCUCUCCCUCCCUCAUCCUCACCUCUGGAGAAAAGGGGGCUGCAGGACUGGGGAGGCUUAAAUGUAAGCCCUGACUCUACCUCGACCCUGUUUCUUCUUUUCUUCUCUGGCUUGUUGAUGAGAUGGAGCAAAAGAAGGUGUUUGGAGAAUGCAUUUGGGAUGAACGAGGACUGUCUCCCCACCUCCACCCCCCCCAGCUGGGGUGUCCCCCAGGCUGCUUUUCUAAGGAUGCUAGUCACAAUAGUCUUUAUUUUUGUGUCUGUGUGAAAGUGCCAGGAACCCUUCUCCACAUUUGUAGAUCCACAACUGUUUUUAUAAGCCGUGUGUGUCCUCUGUAGUAUUAUUAAGUAUUUUUUAGCAUUUGCCUAUAAGUUAUUAAAGACUGAUGAUACUGUAGCUCUGA